CACACUCUGGCAUUGUUGUUUUUACGAGCCAAAAUUUUGUGUUGUGAUUCUUUUUGCCAAAGAAAUAGCUAAACAACCGAAACCGCGCAGCGGAUUACCACCCCGCAACCAGCAGAGAGAGAGAGAGGGGCAAAGGUCAGAGGUCAGCGUACAGAGCAAAAGCAAGGCGCGUAUAAAGCUGGAAGCCAAAGCGGACUGCGCAACUACUGGUCAUUAAUUGGAUUAGCGUCCAAACCAAGCCAAAACAGUGACCACAAAGAAAACCGGGAGCACAAGCCAUUGAGGUCUGGCCCAACAACGUGACCAACGCAACCAGGUGCCACCACCCACACCCACACCCACCCAAGGCCAGCCCAAGGACAGGACCACAAUUACAUUUGGCAGUCAGGAGGCUACAGCCAGCGCCAGCAGAAGGUGGAAUCAGUGGAAUCGAAAUCGGGAGCAGGAUCAGCCCCAGCGACUCUGGCUUGGUUAUGCCCAACGCCAGUUCUGGUACGCUGGACGGGAUCGGGAUCGGGAACGGGAAUUGCUGGCGAUCGACACACUGAGGCUGACCCACGGCCCGCGUCGAAGGCAACUGGCGCUGGCCAUGUCCCUGCUGGCCUACGCAGAGGAUCGCGAUCCCGGGGAGUCCAGCGAUACAGAAGCGGAGCCGGAUGCACUGGUCGACUUCACGGCCAUGCUGAGGCAGCGGCAGCGGGAGUACGGCGGAUGGUUUGGCUGCGGCAGCAAGAUGCAGGCGGAGCAGUCCGAUCAGGGCUACUACCUGGAACAGUAUGUGCUCGGGGUGCUGGACUUCAGUUCGCAGUACGGCAUCGACUACAGCAUCUCGUAUACGGCGGCCAACGUGAUUGGGCGGCCCACCAAGUUCCCCGCCUACGGCGACUACCCGGAGACCUUUCCCAUGCGCACCUACGGUGACUGGUGGCAGCGGGCUCCGUCGGCCACCCGGGAGAUUCAGGCCCAGAAUCUGCCAAAGCUGACCACGCACGACUACAUUGUCGUGUACUUUGAGGAGUUUGUGGUGCCGACGGAAGUGGCCAUCUUUGAGACCUUCAAUCCGGGCUCCGUGGUGCGCAUCUGGGCUUACGGCCUGACCAAGCACUGGACAUGUUUGUGGGAGGCCACGGAAAGCGACUUAGCCCGCCCGGCGUUGGAUUCGCGUCGCUUUGCUCCGGCCCUCAAGAAGACCACGAUGAUAACAAAGACGCUGCGCAUCGACUUCAACCACAGCCGACUCAACUACUACACGGAGAUCGAUGCCAUAAUGCUGUGCGGUCGCACCGUCUCCAAAACGCAAAGCCUUCUCGGCAAGCAGCAAAAGCGGAUGCAGCAGCAGACGCAGAGGCAGGUGCUCGCAUCCCCGCCAGCGGAGGCUUCCGAUCCACCUGCAACCGAUGGCAGUGGCGGACCCAUUAGCUACAAGCUGCGCACCCUGAAGUUCCAGCCCAAUUGCCACGAGGAUGGGGCCACCAAGCUGCACGACUUCAUCAACAACGACCUGAGCCAGUUCCUGAUGGACAACAGCGUGAAGGGAGGCGGCGACUUGGGGCCGCCGCAUCCGCUGCCGCCACCGCCGCCACCACAAGUCUGCCUCACGGAUCUGCCCUUCGAGAUCCUACUGCGCAUACUCAGUUACCUGGACUUGAAGUCUCUGUUUCGCGUGGGCCAGGUGUCGCGCACCUUCUACGACAUCUCCACGCAUCCGCUGCUCUACGCCGAGCUCAGCCUGAAGCCCUACUGGCAUGUGGCCAGCUCCGAGCUGCUGUGCACGCUGGCCCGCCGGGCCACCAUGUUGCGCAAGUUGGAUCUCUCCUGGUGUGGCGGCCUUGGCAACGUUUCGCCCACCGAGUUUAAGAAGUUCCUGACCCAACGCGGCGAUAAUCUCACCCACCUGCGACUUAACUCCUGCAAGUUUCUCAAUGCCAGCUGCAUUGAAAACGUGGGCAUAGUCUGUGAUAACCUGAUAGAGUUGAGCCUGCGCAACUGCGCCACUGAUCCGCCGCUGCUGAACUUCUCCUGUCUUGCCAAUCUCAAGAAUCUGGAGCGUCUCGAUCUCUUCCAAACAGCCUUUGAAACGGAACUUUUGCUCAGCAUGCUCGAGGGCAACCGCAAACUGAAACACCUCAAUCUUGCGUUUUGUGGUGUCUCCGUGAACAUGGACAAUGUGGCCGCCCACUUGGCCACCUACAAUACGCAGUUGAUCUCUUUGGACCUGUGGAAGGCGCACUUUUUGUCGGCCAGAGGACUACAAUCGCUGGCGCGCCUGCAUCAGUUGGAGGAACUCGAUUUGGGCUGGUGCCUGAGGGAAGCGUCGCUCGGAGACGGCCUGUUCCAGCUGCUGACCAACUGCCCCAAGCUGAAGAAGCUCUUCUUGUCGGCGGUGCGGGGAACCACCGAACGCGAUCUCAUGCAUAUUGCCGCCCUGGGCAAGAAUCUGGAGCAACUGGACCUCAUGGGCAUUCUGAACAUCACGCACGAACGUGCUUAUGACAUUCUGGUCCACUGUCCCAAACUUCAAUUGCUCGACCUGAGUUUCUGCGAUAAUAUUAUGGAUCGGGAUUUCGAUUUGCUGGCGGAAUGGUCGCGUCAGUUCAACGUGGACAUAAAGAGCAGCCGACGUUACUAGCCCAGAAUUUGGGGAAUCUGGAAUUGGGCGAUGCAGUCCUAGUAGCUAUUAUUUAUGGUUCCAUGAUAAGUGUACUUUUAGAUUCUAUAUAUGUGUGUCACUCUCUCUCUCUGUUUAUAGUAAAAUGUUAUAUAUCUACUGUUAUAAAUAUAAAACAUUUGAUAUUAAACGAUUUAAAAGAUCAUUUAAAACACUUCAUUU